AUGACGGAGAGAAAUACGAUUGGAAUAGGGUAUUAUGACCCAUUUGCAGUGUAUCCAUUGAUAAAAGAUGAAAUAGAUAAACUAUUCCCAAUACAAAACCUUCAUGUUCGGUUCCAUCCUUCACAACCACUCAAAACAAUCAAUAAUUUACCAAUUAAAAUGAUUGAAGAAAUUCCCAAUAAGAAAUCAGAUCAGAAUCAACUGGAUAUUGAUGGGAUUUAUUCUAGAGUAAUGUUUAUUAAAGUUGAAUCUCUUGAUAAAUAUCGAAGUCAAGUACGUCCAUUAAUUAGAGAAUGGUUAAAAAAUUUAGUAUUCAAGUAUAAGAAUUCAUGGAUGAUUAUAUUGAUUAUCCCACUGGAUGCUAAAGAUAAGCAAAGUACAAUAAUUAAAAUGUCACAUUUUGAUAAGUUAUUAAAAGAUUUUGGCCAAGAUGGUAAAGAAUUGUCCACUAUUUUACCUUCUAACAUUACACCUAAUGAUUUUGAAAAUUGUUUGAAAUUGAAACAAAAUGAAUUAGAUUCAAGUGAAAUUCAAGCAAAUAUAAAAAGCUUAUUAAGUUGUUCAUUCAAUCAGAGGUAUCAUUUAUUUGUUGAUUUAAUUAAGCAACACAAGGAAAAGAGCAUCAAUAGAUUUGUUGCAUAUUACAGCUUAACUAAUUUGUUUGACGAUAUGAGAUUAUUCCAUGAUACUUUAAGUCAAUUUGAAAUUUCAAAUCAAGAACUUAAUCAUGUUGUGGAUACUCAUCCUGAGUUAUUUGAUUAUACCGUCACACUUCCUGAAUCGUUUGAUGGGUUUAAUUUUGAAAAAUUCAUAGAUGAACCUAAAAUCAAGUCGAAUUUAUAUUCAGGUGAAAAUGUCAACUUAUUUGAAUUAAGAUGUUUUCUAUUUUUCAGACAAUCAUAUACUUUUGAGAAAUUAGCCGAUACUUCAAAUUCAAUAUCAAUAGGAGCAUUACAAAUUUCAAAAUUGUAUCGUAACUUAGCAUUAUUUUUAAAUGAUAUUUCAAAGAAGAAUUCAACUGAUUUGAAAGAAUUCGAAUUUUCUGUCAUUCAAUAUUAUUUACACAUUCCAAUCAUUGGUAAACUUAUAAAACAAGCUGAAAAUAGUCCUGAUGAUAAUUCGUAUCAAUUGAAAAACCUACUUGAAUCCAGAGCAGAAUUGAAAUUGCUUCAAAGAUCAAUACUUAUUAAAUUGUCUCAGAUUAAUGGUAUAUACAUUAAAGGAUUGGAGCAAGCAUUUGAAGAGGUUUCUCUAGAUGAUAAACCAGAAGAACUAAAAGCCACACCAGCCAUUAUGACUAAUCUAGUUUUAGUUGAAGCAAUGAAAGAUAAAUCGUCUUAUUUAGAUGUUUUUGAGAGACUUACAGAAGAUAUAAUUGAAGAUUUUUUAAUAUGUGAAAGAUCCAAGACAAUUGAUAUUCUUUCAAUAGAUUUAGCUAUUUUGAAUUAUGAAAAGGAAAAUUAUUGUGAAUGUCUUCAAAUUCUUAAGGAUUCUCAUGAAUUUUUCAUUCAAAAUGGAUGGAAUUUCUUAGGUGGAAUAUUAUUGGAAAUCUAUUAUGAAUGUGUUUUAAAAAUCGAACCUCAAGAUAAGGAUGAAAUUUUAACUACAAGUUUAAGAAUAUUAGCUGUAUUGGUAACUAAUCAAGUUGACAUCAACUCAUUUAGAUUAAUUAAGAAUAAAUCUCAAAUUGAGAAACUAUUCAAAAAAGUCGACGAAUAUUCGUUAUCGCAAAAUGUCAAAAUUGAAAGUUCAUUAGAUGAUUUCUUUAAAACUGAAUUGAUUCCUUAUAUCAACGCUGAUGAAUUAACUAAUAAAGACAAAUACAUUAUGAGAUUAAAAGUUAAGAAUCCGUUUGGAAUUGGAUUCACGUUCAAGAAUGUUGAAUUGAUUUUGGUUGAUGAUGAAGGUUCUGAAAUGAUAUUUCAAGCAAAUGAUGUUGACAUGUCAUCGGAGCGAGAGAAUGUAAUCACAUUAUCAACCAAUAGAUUCAUUAUUGGAUCGUUUUCACCUUAUAGAUUAUCCAUUCAAAUGAAUGAAAAGUUAACAUUAGUUCUAGAUUAUGGACAAAAGGAAAUGCAAAUUACUAAUGCAUCAUUUGUGAAUGAUACAGUUAUUGAAUACAAUACAUCUCAAGAUAGAAUCAAACAGACCAAGAAUGAUAACAUACUUGGGUAUCAGAAUCUAAACAAGCUUACCGCUCAAUUUAAUUGUUCUAAUCAAGUUAAGUUGGGAAAAUCCGAAGUUGUUCUUCGGAUUUUCAAUGGUGAUAAUGAAAUCACUGAUGUUGAAAUAAAGUUAUUUUCCACUACAGAAGGAUUAAAGCUUGAAAAAGAGAAGGAAACUUUUGAAAAAUUAGACAAGAAAGAAUCCACAGACAUAUUGAUUCCUUAUGCAUAUUUUAGUGAGAAUAAAAUCAUCAAUAUGAGGGCUAAAAUUCAGUAUAAGAUCGAUGGUGAAGAUUAUAUUUUCCAAGUCUCUUACAAUAUAGAUACCACAUUGACUAUAUCAGUGACAGUUCAAGAUUUAUUCAAACAGGAUUUUAUUUAUUCCAAGUUUCAGAUUGGCACUUCAAAUUCAAAAUACCCAAUUAGAUUAUUAGAUAAUGAAUUAACUACUGAAGCUGAUUAUAAGAUUAUUAGACCUGGAAAACAAGGUCAUGAUGUUGUCGCAUUUGGUGAACAACCAGGUACAUUUUUCUACAAGAUUAUACCCAACAAUAUUGUUUCAAGUGAAGAUGUAUUAAAUCUUAAAGUUGAAUACACAAACUUGAAAGAAGAAUGUGAAGAUUAUAUAUCUGAAGUUGUGAUCUCACAAUUGACUGAAUUGGGAUUAUCGAAAUAUUGGUAUUUGUUGAAGGAUAUAAUUAUUAAUAAAGCAAGUUUUGAUUUAAAUAAUUAUGCUAUCAAUAAUUUUAUUAACUUUACCAAUGGAUUAGAAUUGAAUCUAUUAUCAGAAAAAAUUAUUCUCCAAUAUGUUGAAUCAAGUAGUGAUCAAAAGAAGUUAUUUAAUUUGAUGAAUCAGUUAUUAGUUGAUAAUAAGAUUGAUGUUGAUACUAAGAGAUUAGUUAGAAAUAGCCAUUUUCUUUACAUCUCGGUGGCAAUGCCUAUAUUGAAAUAUCUUCAAGUUGUCGAAUAUGAAUAUGAAAGAAAACAAUAUGUUGUUGGAGAACCAAUUAAAGUUCAACUUAAAGUUAAAACCAUCACUAAAUGGUCUGAUGAUACAAAGUCCAAUGAAGAAUCAUUACCAUUAGCUGCUUCAUCGCCAACUAGAAAUGGAUCUAAUUUGGAUGAAAAUCAAGAAGGCAAAUUUCAAUUAAAUAUACAACAGGAUGAUAAUUGGUUAAUGUCAGGACUUAGGAAGUUUAAUUUUGAUAUGAAUUCAAAAGACAAUGUGAAUGCUGAAUUGAUGUUAAUUCCUUUGAACGUUGGUAAAAUACCAUUACCUAAAGUAUCAAUCAAGAGUUUAAAUAAAGAUGAUGAUGAUUUAGAUAUUGAAUUUAUAAAUGGACUGGAAACUAUAUUGGUUAUACCAGAAGUACAUAGCAUUACCUUUGCAUUUUAA